GGCAACUUUCCCUUUCCCUAUGUGUUAUGUAUUGGGAUUCUCCCAUCACAAGAAUGAGUUAAGAGGAUAAACAAAGGGAGUUUGGAAUUUUUCAGGAGUUUUGCGUCCCUUUUGGCCGGGUCGUCGUCCAAACCUAGCUGGUCUUCACUCACGCAGCUCCGAAAUAGCAGCCGCACCGCGCGACCAGAAGGAAACUAUCGACCGACCGCCGCCGGCUGCUUCCUCUUUGCCGACGUACGCCUGUCGUCGGCUUCUUCUCUCGGUUAUUCGACUUCUCCAGCACGCUCGCCGCCGUCAUACGCCUGCCGUAGGCUCGCUCGCCGUCGAUUCGUUGCUCGGCUGCACGCCUGCAACUACUCCGCCACGCUGUUGACUUCUCCAGCUCCCCAUUGACUGCGCCGGCUCUCCGCAGACUUCUCCGGCCCGCAUCGCAGGUACACACUAUGAGCGACGACGACGGAGAUGAGCCUGGUCAUAAUCAAGAUCCUCAUGGCGGCGGUGGCGGUCAAAGAGACAGCGAGGGGCGAAAAAUAAUUGAAUUUGCUGAUACCGAUGUUGUCAUCGGUGAGUGGGCUGAAGAGUUUAAAUCAUUCUUGGGAAAGAUGGUACAUUCCCGAGUGAGUAUAAACAUUGAUAGUUGGAAGAAAGUUUCAAAAACGAAUAAAGAUCAAAUCUUUAAAGAGAUACAGCAUGACUAUGCUGUGGAGGAUAAUAUGAAAAAACCAUUAUUGAAAAAGUUGGGCAAAAUGCACCGAGAUUGGAGAAAUCGAUUGCGAUCGGGUUUCAUAAAUAAGACUCGUCAAGUGGGAAAGGAUUGUGGGGAAGCUUUUGAGAAGUAUAAAGACCAACUUACCAAAGAAGAGUGGGAUAGUUUCGUGGCAAAGACUAUGACUCCUGAGUUUGUGGCUUUGAGCGAGAAGAAUAAACAAGCUGCACUUCAGAAUAUCUAUCCUCAUCAUAUGGGUCGUUCAGGAUAUGUUCUUUCCAUACCGAAAUGGAAAGAGCAAGGAUUAUUAGAUCAGUUUCUUACCGGUUCGGAAGUAGAUUCAACGAACUCUAGCACAACCACUUCUGGUGAUAUUCCAAGACAUGUCACUUGGUUUUGUGCAAGGUCUGUAUUAACAGCGGACGGUCACAUCAUGUUUCCUGGUAAUACUGAGGGCAUGCACGAGAAAAAAGAGAAGUUGGAUAAACUUCAAGAAGAUGUAGCAGCAGGAACGUGGAAGCCAAGUGGUCGACAUGAUAUAUUGACGGAGGUUGUUGGGAAGCCUGAUUACCCUGGACGUGCACGUGGCGUCGGUGAUGGUGUGGGCUGUACACAUGUCUUUGAUCGAGAGUCGAGAAGCACACAUCGAGAUAAGGUUGGUAAUUUGAGUGAUGUUGACAUAAAGCAGUUGCAAGAGCGUUUGAUGAAAGACAUGCAACAUUACUUUGUUCCAAGAAGUGAAGUGCCUAUCGGGGAUUCAAUGCCUGCUUCCGAGGCGACCCACGUGGAUACUAUGAACUCUGCUGCACCCCAUCUUAAAAAAACAUUCAUUGAUGGUGCAUCUUGUAGGCUUGCUGUUGAGUCACACACUCAUCCUGGUGAUAAGAGUUUGGACUUUGUGGCCAUGGCUGUAGCCUACAACACGCCUGUUGGGUCGUUAAUCCAUAAUGUACCGAUGUGUGAAAACACAAUCAAAGUGAACAUAUGUAUGGCAUAUCGAGAGUUUGAAGAUUGUCCAUUGCUUUAUCCUAAUGAAGCCGCUGAUAUGAAUGUUGUAGCAGACGCUGUAGGUUCAUAUGUUCAAUGGCCAUCUCAUUUGGUUUUUUUGAGGGAGAGGAACCACCGUCUAAGUCAAAAAAGGAGGAUGGAGCUAAGAAAAAAGUACCCUUUAUCGUGAGAGAUUCACCAAAAGUAACGGUUGAACCCAGCUCACAUUCAUUGGUUAGUGAAACUGUUCUUCAUUCACUUACAGAUGAUCUUUUAAGAUUGCAUGAAAAUCUUGAGUGGUAUGAGCCCGAUCUUUGUAAGUUUUCUAUUCCUCUUCCUGCGGAGUUGUUCUGUUAUAUUGAUGAUCACCAAUUUGGGACCGUUGUUGACCGUGAAGACUUGAGUCAAUUUCUUGAGAGUGAUUCUGUCGAUAUUUCAAUUAUUCAGACCUUUAAGUAUUAUAAUAAGUUUACAAGCACUCUUGAAUAUUUGUUAGACUUAUUUACUAUUGACUAAUUAUUAAUAUUAUAAUUUCA